AUGGCAGGGGGAGUUGGCCGCUGUGUAGUCUGAGGCGUUCCAUUCCGCCAAUCAGAGGCGAGCUGUCAUCCUUCUGUCCAAUCAGCGACGAGAAUGCCCCCGUUAUUGGUCGCCUGCGGUGAUACGUCUGUGGAUAUGCAGCUUUGCUGAAGCCGUUGGGCGGGACGAAGCAGAGUCCAUGUCCACCUCUGUUUGGAGGCUGACUAGUAUAGAGAGGAGAAAAAACACAGAAAAACAUAUAUGCUCCGUUCAUGUGGACUAACGUGAGUUUUGACUGAGGCCCGUUUGUUUUGGAGGCUUCGUGAAGGAACACGGACACGCCCUGAUUUCGGAAACUUUCCAGAGGUCGCCGCUGGAUAAAUUUGGAAACCUGGCGCGGCAACUUUAACACCAGCAGCGGCAGCUCCUCUAAACCAGUCCAGCACCCGGUGAUGUCCCAUCAGUAAUGGAAGCCAUGGCAGUGAGCACAUCUGCACAGGGUCCAGAUGAGUUUGACCGGAAUGCUCCCCGGAUCUGUGGCGUCUGUGGGGACAAGGCCACCGGAUUUCACUUCAAUGCCAUGACCUGCGAGGGCUGCAAGGGCUUCUUCAGGCGCAGUAUGAAGCGCAAGGCCAGUUUCACCUGCCCCUUUAAUGGCAGCUGUACCAUCACCAAAGACAACCGCAGACACUGCCAGGCCUGCCGUCUCAAGCGCUGCGUUGACAUAGGGAUGAUGAAGGAGUUUAUUUUGACUGACGAGGAGGUACAAAGGAAGAAGGAGCUUAUUCAGAAGCGCAAGGAGGAGGAGGCCGCACGGGAGGCGCAGAAGCCGCGCCUCACAGAAGAGCAAACUCAGAUCAUCAGCACGCUGGUGGAGGCGCACCACAAAACCUAUGACGACUCCUACUCGGACUUCUCCAGAUUCAGACCCCCAGUGAGAGAGGGUCCGGUGACACGCAGUGCAAGCCGUGCUGCCUCCCUUCACUCCCUCUCAGAUGCAUCUUCAGACUCCUUUAACCACUCACCAGAGUCUGUGGACACUAAACUGAACUUCAGCAGCCUGUUGUCGAUGUAUCAGGAAGGUACAGGCAGUCCAGACUCCAACGAGGAGGACCCCUCCCGGCUCUCAAUGCUGCCCCACCUGGCUGACCUGGUCAGCUACAGCAUUCAGAAAGUCAUCGGCUUUGCUAAGAUGAUCCCUGGCUUCAGGGAGCUGACUGCAGAGGAUCAGAUAGCUCUACUGAAGUCCAGCGCUAUAGAGAUCAUUAUGCUGCGCUCUAAUCAGUCCUUCAGUUUGGAGGAUAUGAGCUGGAGUUGUGGAGGGCCUGACUUCAAAUACUGCAUCAAUGAUGUGACCAAGGCUGGUCAUACUCUAGACCUGCUGGAGCCACUGGUGAAGUUUCAAGUAGGACUGAAAAAGCUCAACCUGCAUGAAGAGGAACAUGUGCUGCUCAUGGCCAUCUGUCUCAUGUCUCCAGACCGGCAGGGUGUUCAGGACCAUGCCCGAAUCGAGUCCCUGCAGGACCGCCUCUGCGAGGCUCUUCAGGCCUACAUCCGCAUCAAUCACCCCGGCGGUCGGCUGCUCUAUGCUAAGAUGAUCCAGAAGCUGGCAGACCUGCGCAGCCUAAACGAGGAGCACUCCAAGCAGUACCGCUUGCUCUCCUUCCAGCCCGAGCACAGCAUGCAGCUCACACCACUCGUGCUCGAGGUUUUCGGGAGCGAGGUCUCCUAGCGCCCGGAGCAAACCCUCGCAGUCCCGCGCCCAGCCCCUUGCCACAGCAUCAGCAUCACCCGGGACGCCACACACACAUCCAGGAGCAGAGGCCCUGUACAGGGCACCGGUGUAUCAGGAGAUGGAGAAUGAUUACUGGGGGCU